UUUCCAAACGUCAAGAAUGUUUCGUACAUGUCAUUUUUCAUUUCCUUUUUGAAUAGUGGGCCGUCCUAUCCUUUUGUGAUUGUUUAAAUAAAUAAAGCGUUAUGAUGGCUGAGGACACAACAGCCGACGCAACCAGAAGGUUAAAUGUUAAAAAACAGACUUUAGACGACGCUUACGCGGCGCCGGCAAACUUCCUCGAGAUCGAUGUAGUGAACCCAGUGACAACUAUGGGAGUAGGGAAAAAACGCUACACGGAUUACGAAGUUCGCAUGAGGACCAAUCUACCUGUGUUCAAAGUUAAAGAGUCAAGCGUAAGACGGCGGUACAGUGACUUUGAAUGGCUGAGAAAUGAAUUGGAAAGAGAUAGUAAGAUUGUAGUUCCACCUUUGCCAGGCAAAGCACUAAAGAGACAGCUACCUUUCCGUGGAGAUGAUGGUAUAUUCGAAGAGGAAUUCAUUGAAGACCGCAGAAAAGGACUAGAAGUGUUUAUCAACAAAAUAGCCGGACACCCACUGGCGCAGAACGAACGGUGCCUUCAUAUGUUUCUCCAGGACCCCACCAUUGACAAAAAUUACGUACCAGGAAAAAUACGCAACACAUAAUAUCGAUCCAUCCAAGUAAGAUAACUAUAUGAUGUUUGAAACAAUUCUCAUUGUACGAGCAUUUUAAACGGUCACAAUUUUCGAAAUUUUCAUUUUUGCAUUUACAUUCACAGUUAAAAUAAAGUUUUACUAACAGAUCUAUUUGCACUAUAUUAAAGAAACAUUCGUUUGACGCCAAAUAGCUAUUAUCAGUUUUAAAACAGUAACUUUAGAUACGGUUUAACGUAAUAAUACGCUUGAGCAGUUGCAGAGUUCAUAACUCUGUGAGAGAAUUGUUCCAAACUUACGUAAUAAUGGAAUAUUGUUACCGUUUUGAAGCAGACAUACGCAGCCAGAGUUUAUAUCUGUGUUGUCUCUUUAAUUAGCACUGUGACAAUAUUCCCAACAAAUCCCUUCAAUGCAAAGUAAUCGAGACAUAAAUGAAAUAUUUUACACACGGCACAGCAUUCCACAGAAUAUAUUUUUAAAAGUUUUCUAAUGGAAUCAAAUAACCUCCUUCAAGUUAUAAAAUGGGAAUGUAUGCAUAUAGUCUGAUGGAUAUAUUACUGUUUGUUCCCCAUUAAUUAGAACAAAAUUGAUUGUAAUUAGGAUAAUGUUAUUGUUUAUAACUAAGCAAUAUUAUUGGAAUUGUUAAAAUUGUUUACAUGUUUACAUCAUUAUGUAUAUUUCAGUUCAUGUAUCUAUGUGGUUUGCCAGUUUGAAAUUUAAGUAAGGAUUAAGUUAAUAUUUUGUCAUUAAAGUAAUAUAUUAUGUAUUACUGCAUAUUUUAUAUUUUAAUCUCAUAAUUUUAAUUUAUGAUUCAUUCAUAAUUUCAGUAAGAAAUUAUAUGUAUUUAUUGUGUAUUAUUAAAUGGGCGUAGGUAAGAAGUUUCCGUCGGUCAUACAUCAGUGUCGUAAGGUUCUCAGUGGUCCACCCAAUGGCAAGCUCAUAAGAUGUCUUACCAUGAAUCAUCACUCAUUAUGAGUGACUCAUGGUCGUUGCCUUCGUUAGUCAGUUAUUCUGUUUAGCCCUUCGUCAAAAAUCCACCCUGUGUUGACAUAUUCGAUUAAAUGUAAACGAUGUUUGGAGUAUAAAAUUUGGGGACAUUAACAGAAUGACCUAGCUAGUCGUUGCAUUGCAGUAAAUUAGGUGGAUACUGUCAGCGUUUGUCAUAAGAUGAGUCAUGGGCUUCGUAACUAUUUUCGAGACUUCCUGACAACGACGUUCGUGGCGGUCAAUAUCUCGCUUUAAACGAAAGAUCAUAAUAACUGACAUUUUCAGCCCCCCUAGACAAAAAUUCAAAUUCAAUAAUUUAUUUGCUAGAAUACAUAAUUACAUGCCCGUUUUACAAAGCAGAUCUUAUAGCUAAUAUGAUUCCCAUGUAUUCAGUCUUUGAUCGAAUCGAAAAUCGAAUUCGUCAAAACUCCAUACAAAAAAGGGGCUUUUCGACCACUUUUCGACUGGUUUGCGAUUAUAAUUUGCACUUUGUCUAGACCCACUGAUCUAUUCGAAAACUCGAAAACAGCGUUAUAAAGUGUAAAGCCCCCCUAAAAAUUUGGCAGUUGCGUCAUAGAUAACAAUACGCCAAGAACAUCAGCCCCCCUAGACAAAACGCACUUUUUGAUCGAAUCGAAAAUCGAAU